AGAGUGCUGGUCUCUUCGCGACGCUGGAGUGAGCGGCAGCUCCCCAUCCUGCUACCCACAACAAGGCACGGGAAGGGGGAUACUUUAGAUAUGGCUUCAUCCGUGAGCGGCACAGAGGAGGUCCGGGUGUCGCCGUUGACGCCCCUGAAGUUGGUGGGACUGGUGUGCGUCUUUCUCGCCCUGUGCCUGGAUGUCGGGGCCGUGUUGAGCCCGGCGUGGGUCACGGCGGAUGACCAGUACUACCUAUCCAUGUGGGUGUCCUGCUGGAAGCCCGUGAGCUCCGCGGAGUGGUCCUGCAACAGCACGCUGACCACCGACUGGCAGAUUGCCACACUGGCCUUGCUGUUGGGGGGGGCGGCCCUCACCCUCAUCUCCUUCCUUGUGGCGCUGAUCUCCCUGUGCUCCGGCUCCAGGAGUCGCUGCUACAAGCCGGUGGCUAUCAUGCUGUUCUCUGCAGUGGUGCUCCAGGUGUGCAGCUUGGUCCUGUUCCCCAUCAAGUUCAUAGAGACAGUCAGUCUGAGGGUGUACCAUGAGUUUAACUGGGGCUACGGCGUGGCCUGGGGAUCCACCAUCUUCUCUUUUGGAGGAGCCAUCCUCUAUUGCCUCAACCCCAAGAACUAUGAAGACUACUACUAAAAUGAUGUGACACAAGAGGAGAAAUUGAGACUCUGUUUCACCCGGUGUCCUCUCCUGUAAUAGGACCUUUCUGUCUUUUACCCAGUUCACAAUCACAGAUUAAAAAAACAGGAAAUACAAACGCUUAUUGUUAGUUUCAGGACUGGAAAUCCAUCUUCCAUUUGAUACUGUGAACUUGUUGUCUCAAAGACUAUCCUCACUCAUUGGACCAAAGCCCUGUGCUCUCUGAGAAGGUUUGGCAGUAAACCUGGCUUGGAAAAAGAAAUCCAACCCAGCCAGUUUAAUUUGAAUUUGAUAAUGUCAGCAAUCAGAUAAUUCUGCAUCCCCUUUAAGUGGAACUCCAGUAGAUCUGGGCAGCAAAUCUGGAGGGAACAGAUGGGUUCACUGACCCCAUACCAGGACGAUUCGGUGGAAUACUUAACAAAUCAGAGCAAAGAAUGAGGUAAACUCGGGCCUAUCAGGGAAGUAACGGACCCAGGGAGGAAGAUAUCCUAUUGAAGUAAUAUCACGAGGAUGACAAAGUGAGGAAGACAGGGCACACCUAAGGAAAUGCUACAUUUCCCCAGAGAUACUGUACUCUGGACCUUGGCUUAGCCUUCUUCCUCCAGUAGAGUGUAAUAGAUACAUACUGAUUAUAAACAGAAGCUACCUAAGACAGUAAAAACAUUCCACAGCCACCUUCCAAAUUAUUACAUACUGGUGAGAGGGACAUUUACUGGUUAAUAAAUAGCACACAUACAUGUAAACAGUGGAAAAACCUUUGGCUGCUAAUGUAAACCUGCAACAUAACCCAAGUUAUACCUGCUUUCUGAUAAUAAAAAAAUGGUUGUAGUGUACAUAUAUAUGCACAAUAAGCCUAAUAAAGUAAUAUGCAUUACAAGAAGACCAGUGGGAAAGAAGAUGGCAAAUGA